AUGCGCGGAAGAUGCUGGAUUUUUUCCUCCCCCGUACUGAUGUCCCUUCCGCUGAUUGGUGAACCGGCAGCAGGAUGUUCUGUUCUAGCUUUUGCGGAUUGGUUCUCUCCUUAUAUCCUUGACUGCUACGGUGAUCCGGAUGCCUACCUACUUGGACGAAAACAACGAGUAGACCAAAGCGAUUGCAGCUUCCCAUCGCCGAAGAUCAUCCCAGUUGCAGUCCCGCUUCUAUAUUAUUCUGCAUACGGUUUGGAAAGGGAAUUACAAGCGGGUAACUGCUCAUUGAGAAUAGAAAACCUCUUUUCUCACUGCCACUACAAAAGUCGAGUUCCAGAAGGAGAACUAAACAUGAGCUAUUCCAUGCCUCACUAUCAUCCAGGAUCGGACCUAGGGCUCAAUGCACAGCUGCAAACCAAUACAGUCACGUCAUCUUCUAUCCCGCCAUCCAACACUUAUGCCCAGUUUCAUCAAGAUGAAAAGCUAUCAAAAAAGAAGAAUUUAAGGACGCCUCCUGGAGUGACAUUGAGCCGAGAAGAACGAAGGCGUCGACGGAGGGCGACGCCCAAAUACCGGUCAGCUCACGCGUCCCGUGAGCGCGUUCGCGUAGAGGCCUUCAAUUCCGCUUUCGCUGAUCUCAGAAAGCUACUUCCAACUCUUCCACCGGACAAGAAACUCUCCAAGAUCGAGAUCCUCCGUCUGGCUAUCUGUUACAUUGGCUAUCUCAAUCACGUUCUUGAUGUCUAGAUUCAAUUUCCACUAUGGUAUUAGCUUUAUCGGUUUUGUGUGUAAAUACAGCAUCUUGUAAUAUUCAACAAUGUUUAGGUGUAGUGAGAUCCAAUACAAAAGAACUUGUA